AUGGCCACAUCAGCCCCUCUUCGGAGCCUGGAAGAGGAGGUAACCUGUUCCAUCUGCCUCGAUUAUCUGCGGGACCCUGUGACCAUCGACUGUGGCCAUGUCUUCUGUCGCAGCUGUACUAUUGAUGUCCGCCCCAUGACGGGGGCCCGUCCCGUCUGCCCACUCUGUAAGAAGCCCUUCAAGAAGGAGAACAUACGCCCUGUGUGGCAGCUGGCCAGCCUGGUGGAGAACAUCGAGCGACUGAAGGUGGACAAUGGCCGACGGUCAGGGGAAGGGGUGCUGGAACAGCAGCACGUCAAGCUGUGUGAGCGACAUCAGGAGAAGUUGCAUUACUACUGCGAGGAUGAUGGGAAGCUGCUGUGUGUGAUGUGCAGGGAGUCCCGGGAGCACCGGCCCCACACAGCUAUCCUGUUGGAGAAAGCUGCGCAGCCCCACAGGGAAAAAAUCCUGAACCACCUGACUACCCUCAGGAGAGAUAGAGACAAAAUUCAGGGCUUUCAGACGAAAGGAGACAUUGAUAUCUUGGCUGCACUGAAGAAACUUCAGGACCAGAGGCAGUGCAUCGUGACUGAGUUUGAGAAGGGCCACCAGUUCCUGAAGGAGCGAGAGCAGCAUCUGUUGGAUCAACUGAUGAAGUUGGAGCAGGAGCUCACAGAAGGCAGGGAGAAGUACAAGGCCAGGGGAGUCGGAGAGCUCACCCGUUUGGCACUGGUCAUCUCCGAGCUGGAGGGCAAGGCACAGCAGCCGGCUGCAGAGUUUAUGCAGGACACCAGAGACUUCUUAAACAGGUAUCCACGGAAGAAGUUCUGGAUUGGGAAGCCCAUUACCCGAGUAGUUAAAAAAAAAACUGGCGAAUUCUCAGAUAAACUUUACUCUCUGCAGCGAGGCCUGAGAGAAUUCCAAGGGAAGCUGCUGAGAGACCUGGAAUAUAAGACAGUCAGUGUCACUCUGGACCCACAGUCGGCCAGCGGGCACCUGUUACUGUCAGAUGACUGGAAAUGUGUGACCUACAGCAGCCUGUACCGGAGUAACUACCUGUACCCCCAGCAAUUUGACUGUGAACCUGGGGUGCUGGGCAGUAAGGGCUUCACCUGGGGCAAAGUCUACUGGGAAGUGGAAGUGGAACGAGAGGGCUGGUGUGAUGAUGAGGAUGAGGGGGCUGAGGAGGAAGACGUGGAAGAGGAGGAGGAGGUGGAAGAGGAGGUUGGCUAUGGGGAUGGAUAUGAUGAAUGGGAAACAACAGAUGAGGAUGAGGAAUCAUUGGGGGAAGAAGAGGAGGAAGAGGAAGAGGAAGAAGAGGAGGUUCUGGAGAGCUGCAUGGUGGGGGUGGCCAGAGACUCCAUGAAGAGGAAGGGUGGCCUCUCCCUGCGGCCAGAGGAUGGUGUGUGGGCACUGCGUCUCUCCUCUGCGGGCAUAUGGGCCAACACAGAGCCUGAGGCUGAGCUCUUCCCUGCACUGCGACCCCGGAGAGUGGGCAUCGCCUUGGAUUACGAGGGGGGCACCGUGACUUUCACCAACGCAGAGUCGCAGGAACUCAUCUACACUUUUACUACCACCUUCACUCGGCGCCUGGUCCCCUUCCUGUGGCUCAAGUGGCCUGGGACACGCCUUCUGCUGAGACCGUGA